CCGCAGUUAACUCCGCACUUUUCCAAAAAAACGAGGAAGAAGAAGUUAAUUUCCACCAGAAGAUGGCAGUAGUGCAGCACUGUGUAUUCAGGAUCCCAUUAAAAACCAAAGAAAAGAAAGAGCUCGCGCGCACAACACAGUUACGAGCGCUAGUUUUGAACGUAACAUUUGUAAAAGGUUUCCUAGGCGACCUGAAUUCAGCGUGUGUGUUUGUUUGAAACGCAAACGUCAUAAAGAGAGUCGACGCUGUGAACAGCUCUUAUCAGGACGCAGAGUUGAAGUUUCUUCUCAGUGCUGUUUUAAUCGAAAGCGACGACGGAUCACAUAACCUGCUAUCAAGUGUUUAUAGACGGUCAGCUAGCGACGAUACGAAACUCGACGAGUCUACACACACAGACAGACAGAGGAUCGGGAAAUAGACGAGUUAAAGAUCUUCACAUGGCGUCUUCAUCUCUUACAACAAACGACAUGGAGAAAAAUCAAGAGAAGAAGAAGAAGAAGGGUGUGCUUAAGAAAGGAUGGUGGGCAGUGAAGGGCUGCUGCUCUUGCACCCGAAGCAAUGACCUGGAUCCAUCUGAAGAGCCGUAUCUACCAGUCUUGAACCCGGUGGUCUUUGCAGACACAGCUGAUCGCCCUGGUUGUGACCUGGAGCAAACGCCUCUUGAAGAUCCGGUCGAUCCUCCCCAAGAGCCUUCUGGACUCAAGCAAACCGCUCCAGAAGAACCAACUGACGACACAUCAGAACAACAAACUGAAGGGAAGAAGAAGAUGAAGGGUGUCCGUGCCCGCUUUAAGAAAGGAUGGCAGGCUAUGAAGCACUCCUGCGCCCGAAACAACAAAGUGGUGCCUUUACCUACACAGCCUGACCUGGAUCCAUCAGAUCCUCAGCCAGCUCCUGCGGGUCCUAGGCCAGCUCCUGCGGGUCCUAGGCCAGCUCCUGCGGGUCCUAGGCCAGCUCCUGCGGGUCCUCGGCCAGCUCCUGCGGGUCCUCGGCCAGCUCCUGCGGGUCCUCGGCCAGCUCCUGCGGCUCCUGCGGGUCCUCGGCGAGCUCCUGUAGAUCCUCAGCCAGCUCCUGUAGAUCCUCAGCGAGCUCCUGUAGAUCCUCAGCCAGCUCCUGUAGAUCCUCAGCCAGCUCCUGAAGAUCCAGCUGAGGACAGACCAGAAGGGAAGAAGAAGAAGGGUGUCCGUGCCUGCUUUAAGAAAGGAUGGCAGGCUAUGAAGCACUCCUGCGCCCGAAACAACAAAGUGGUGGCUUUAGCUACACAGCCUGACCUGGAUCCAUCAGAUCAUCAGCCAGCUCCUGUAGAUCCUCAGCCUGCUCCUGUAGAUCCUCAGCCUGCUCCUGUAGAUCCUCAGCCAGCUCCUGUAGAUCCUCAGACAGCUCCUGUUGAUCCUCAGCCAGCUCCUGUUGAUCCUCAGCCAGCUCCUGUAGAUCCUCAGCCAGCUCCUGUAGAUCCUCAGCCAGCUCCUGUACAUCCUCAGCCAGCUCCUGUACAUCCUCAGCCAGCUCCUGAAGAUCCAGCUGAGGACAGACCAGAAGGGAAGAAGAAGAAGGGUGUCCGUGCCCGCUUUAAGAAACGAUGGCAGGCUAUGAAGCAGUCCUGCGCCCGAAACAACAAAGUGGUGGCUUUACCUACAAAGCCUGACCUGGAUCCAUCAUAUCCUCAGCCAGCUUCUGAAGAUCCUCAGCCAGCUCCUGAAGAUCCUCAGACAGCUCCUGAAGAUCCUCAGCAAGCUCCUUUAGAUCCUCAGCAAGCUCCUUUAGAUCCUCAGCAAGCUCCUGAAGGUCCUCAGCCAGCUCCUGAAGGUCCUCAGCCAGCUCCUGAAGGUCCUCAGCCAGCUCCUGAAGGUCCUCAGCCAGCUCCUGAAGAUCCAGCUGAAGACAGAUCGGAAGGGAAUAAGAAGAAGAAGGGUGUCCGUGCCCGCUUUAAGAAAGGAUGGCAGGCUAUGAAGCAGUCCUGCGCCCGAAACAACAAAGUGGUGGCUUUACCUACAAAGCCUGACCUGGAUCCAUCAGAUCAUCAGACAGCUCCCGAAGAUCCUCAGCCAGCUCCCGUAGAUCCUCAGCCAGCUCCCGUAGAUCCUCAGCCAGCUCCCGUAGAUCCUCAGCCAGCUCCCGUAGAUCCUCAGCCAGCUCCCGUAGAUCCUCAGCCUAAAGAUCGUGAAGCUUAUAACCCACAGAGCUUUGAUUUUACUGAACUAAUAGAGGAAUUCUAUCGUAGUUUAUCUGAUUAUGAUCCAUAUGUUCAGAGAUUGCUCAAACUUUUUCGACCAUAUUCGCCUCCCCAAUUUCCUGCUCCAUGGCGUUCUGGGCAAUUGUUUCUUUAUGAAUUGGAUAAAUUUGAAGCGUUUUCAGCCCUUUAUGAGGUGGGAAAGAACUGUUUAGGAAAAGGACACGGCGGCAUUGUGUAUCAGGGGACUCGCAAGUCCGAUGGCCUGAAGGUCGCCAUCAAAUUUAUGUCCAAGUCACCCGGCACGGAAAGAUUUAUUCAUGUUCCUGGAUAUGACAAGCCUCUCGUCUCAGAAGUGGCUCUAAAUCUGAUGCUACAGAAACCAGAGAGAUGCCCCAACAUUGUGGCUCUGUUGGACUGGUUUGAAGAGGACAUCAUCUACAUCCUCGUUCUAGAAUAUCCAUAUCCCUGUUUAUGCUUGAGAGAUUUCCUUGACGUUGAACGUCUGUCUGAAGAUCAGGCACGUCCUCUCAUGCGACAAGCAGUGAACGCAGCCCAGCACUGCAUCGACCACGAUGUCUGCCAUGGUAGCUUGGCGAUCAGAAACACUGUGAUCAAUAUACAGACCAUGACACUCAUGUUCAUAGACUUUGGACGUGGCCAUCUUGCCUCAACUUGGGGCAAACCAGACCCUGAACACACCGAACCUGUACGUUGCAUUCCUGCACCAACUUGGGUCGAACCGAGCGGUGAAACCUGGGGUCGAGGUCAUGCGGUUGCUGAUACGGUCUAUGGUUUGGGUAGACUGCUCCUGUGUAUGAUGGGUGGAAGUUGGGUGACUCUUAAAAAGGAUGUUACAAAUGACAGCCCUGAGUUCACGCAACUUGGUUUAACUGAAGAAUGCUUUGACUUGAUCCAUCGGUCCGCUAUCGCUUCACCACCCGACAGGGCAACAUUAGAGGAGUUCCUAGACCAUGAGUGGUUCAAGCGAGGUUAAAGGUCAAGAGUAUCUUAUGUCUUUUCUCCUGCGCCCGAAACAACAAAGUGGUGCCUUUACCUACACAGCCUGACCUGGAUCCAUCAGAUCCUCAGCCAGCUCCUGAAGAUCCUCGGCCAGCUCCUGCGGGUCCUCGGCCAGCUCCCGCGGGUACUCGGCCAGCUCCCGCGGGUCCUCGGCCAGCUCCCGCGGGUCCUCGGCCAGCUCCCGCGGGUCCUCGGCCAGCUCCCGCGGGUCCUCGGCCAGCUCCCGCGGGUCCUCGGCCAGCUCCCGCGGGUCCUCGGCCAGCUACCGCGGGUCCUCGGCCAGCUCCCGCGGGUCCUCGGCCAGCUCCCGCGGGUCCUCGGCCAGCUCCCGCGGGUCCUCGGCCAGCUCCCGCGGGUCCUCGGCCAGCUCCCGCGGGUCCUCGGCCAGCUCCCGCGGGUCCUCGGCCAGCUCCUGAGGAUCCAGCUGAAGACAGACCAGUUUUAUCUUUUAACAUAACAAACAGAAGGGAAGAAGAAGAAGGGUGUCCAUGCCCGCUUUAAGAAAGGAUGGAAGGCUAUGAAGCACUCCUGCGCCCGAAACAACAAAGUGGUGCCUUUACCUACACAGCCUGACCUGAAUCCAUCAGAUCCUCAGCCAGCUCCUGCGGGUCCUCGGCCAGCUCCUGCGGGUCCUCGGCCAGCUCCUGCGGGUCCUCGGCCAGCUCCCGCGGGUCCUCGGCCAGCUCCCGCGGGUCCUCGGCCAGCUCCCGCGGGUCCUCGGCCAGCUCCCUCGGGUCCUCGGCCAGCUCCCUCGGGUC